GACGUUUUCCCUUUCGAUAGAGCAACUUUUUUUUUUUUUUACCAUUAAAGAGGGACAAAAAAGGAACAAAGCAGUAUAUGAAAGAAAAAGGAAUCCCCCCAAAAAGGAAAAAUAGCGAAAAAACGAAAUUAUAGAAAAGCUUACAAAAUUUUAAAACAGAAUAAGGAAGAGAAAAAAAAAAAAAAAAAAAAAUUUAAGUGUACCCUUUGGCAUAAUAGCUACAUUUUUUACAAUUAAAAAAAAGAGAUAAAGGAAAAUGAGUUCCAACUAUAGUGAUGUUGUGCUCCUGGUUCAGUUUUCAAGGAAAAUAGAAAGUAGAACAUUCGUUGAAUACAAUUCGUUGAAGUUGGCCCUAAAUGGAAUUUGCCAAUUAUACGAACAGGCCAUAAAAGAGAAUGACCCCACCGUGCAAAGAAUAACAUAUAACAUGAACGAUUUGUUUUUGUACAUUGACAACAUACAAAAGAUGACCUUGAUGCUAUUCCAUCAACCCUCGUGGACUUACAAACCGCAUGACAAGAAAUGGAUAAAACAAAAGCUGGUUGAGCAUAUAAAGGAUCAAAUAGGGCAAUAAAAUGUGCCUCCACGUGUGUGUAAAGUAGGGCGGAAGAUGGUUCACCUUGUGACGCGACUGUUCUGCGGUUCCACCGGUGUGAUGAUCCCCAGCUCGAUGAUGCACAUUUUGCUGCCAGACCUCGAUUCGCCAAUCAAAACGGAAGAGAAAAAAAAAAAAAAAAGAGGGAAAGAAAUUUAACAGUUCAAACAAUUUUUGCACUCCCUGGUCGUUCCUUUGUUUAUAAUUUAUUCCCCAGUAAAUACCCUCUGUACUUUUCCAGUGCAUUUUUGUAGUCUUCAUCCAGUUUAUUCUUCAGUUGCUCUUUCCGUUCAUUUGUCUAUUC